AGAUGAGGAGCCGCCGCGGCGGCGGGAUCGGCGCGACCGGACCGGCCCCCCCGAGACUAUAGCCUUCGUUUUCCCUUGGGUUGCCAUGGAGCCCUUCUGUCCGCUCCUGCUGGCCGGUGUUAGCCUGCCCCUCGCCAAGGCUUUCAAGGGCAACGAGACCACCACCGCGCAGAGCAACUGGACCUCCACGACCGCAGGCGCUCCGGCCCCCGGCCCUCCGGCCCCCGGCGCGCCCCAGCCCCUGCUGGCCUGGCUGCUGCUCCCCUUGCUGCUGUUCCUGUUCCUUGCAGCCUACUUCUUCAGGUUCAGGAAGCAGAGGAAGGCAGUGGUCAGCUCCAACGACAAGAAGAUGCCUAACGGAAUCCUAGAAGAGCAAGAGCAGCAAAGGGUGAUGCUUCUCAGCAGGUCCCCCUCGGGGCCCAAGAAGUACUUUCCCAUCCCCGUGGGGCACCUGGAGGAGGAGAUCCGGGUCCGGUCGGCGGAUGACUGCAAGAGGUUUCGGGAGGAGUUCAAUUCACUGCCGUCUGGACACGUACCGGGAACUUUUGAGCUGGCCAAUAAAGAAGAAAACAGAGAGAAAAACAGAUAUCCCAACAUCCUUCCCAAUGACCAUUCCAGGGUAAUUUUAAGCCAGGUGGACGGAACCCCAUGUUCAGACUACAUCAAUGCUUCAUACAUAGAUGGUUAUAAAGAGAAGAAUAAAUUCAUCGCAGCUCAAGGCCCUAAGCAGGAGACAGUGAAUGACUUCUGGAGGAUGAUCUGGGAGCAGAAGUCUGCAACCAUCGUCAUGUUGACGAACCUGAAAGAAAGGAAAGAGGAGAAGUGCUAUCAGUACUGGCCGGACCAGGGCUGCUGGACCUACGGAAGCAUCCGGGUGUGUGUGGAGGAUUGCGUGGUCCUGGUGGAUUACACCAUCCGGAAGUUCUGCAUUCAGUCCCAGCUCCCCGACGGCUGCAAAGCCCCUCGGCUCGUCUGCCAGCUGCACUUCACCAGCUGGCCCGACUUCGGAGUGCCUUUCACCCCCAUCGGGAUGCUCAAGUUCCUGAAAAAAGUGAGGACACUCAACCCCACGCACGCCGGGCCCAUAGUGGUCCACUGUAGCGCGGGCGUGGGCCGGACGGGCACCUUCAUAGUGAUCGAUGCCAUGAUGGACAUGAUACACGCCGAGCAGAAGGUGGACGUCUUUGAUUUCGUGUCCAGAAUCCGCAAUCAGCGGCCUCAGAUGGUUCAGACGGACAUGCAGUACACGUUCAUCUACCAAGCCUUACUGGAGUACUACCUCUACGGGGACACCGAGCUGGACGUGUCCUCCCUAGAGAAGCACCUUCAGACGCUGCACGGCGCCACCACCCACUUCGACCAGGCCGGGCUGGAGGAGGAGUUCCGGAAGCUGACAAAUGUCCGGAUCAUGAAGGAGAACAUGAGGACAGGCAACCUACCGGCCAACAUGAAGAAGGCCAGGGUCAUCCAGAUCAUCCCGUAUGACUUCAACCGCGUCAUCCUUUCCAUGAAAAGGGGCCAGGAGUACACGGAUUACAUCAACGCGUCCUUUAUAGACGGCUACCGGCAGAAGGACUACUUCAUCGCCACCCAGGGGCCCCUGGCGCACACAGUGGAGGACUUCUGGAGGAUGGUCUGGGAGUGGAAGUGCCAUACGAUCGUGAUGCUGACCGAGGUCCAGGAGAGAGAGCAGGAUAAAUGCUGCCAGUAUUGGCCAACAGAGGGCUCAGUGACUCAUGGAGAAAUAACGAUCGAAAUAAAGAGCGAUACCCUUUCUGAAGCCAUCAGUAUACGAGACUUCCUGGUCACUUUCAAUCAGCCCCUGGCCCGCCAGGAGGAGCAGACCCGGGUCGUGCGACAGUUCCACUUCCACGGCUGGCCGGAGAUCGGGAUCCCCGCCGAGGGCAAAGGCAUGAUCGACCUCAUUGCGGCCGUGCAGAAGCAGCAGCAGCAGACGGGCGAUCACCCCAUCACCGUGCACUGCAGUGCUGGAGCUGGGCGCACAGGGACUUUCAUAGCACUCAGCAACAUUCUGGAACGGGUCAAAGCUGAGGGACUUUUAGACGUAUUCCAAGCUGUGAAGAGCUUACGACUUCAGAGGCCACAUAUGGUGCAAACCCUGGUAAGAAACCGUUUCCAGAGGGAUCGAGAAUGGUCUCAUGUUGAAUUUGAUGUAUGCUUCAUUGAAGGAGUUCAAGUCCACGGGGAAGGAGGUAAAGUUUCCAAGAAAAAGAGCUAAAGGUUCCAGUCAGCUCACAGUAAAGCUCUACAGACCCCCUUCUUCCCUUGCGUCUGGCUGGGGUCUGUCCCCCGGGCAGGACACGUGAGGAGGGGCACACCCGUGACUUCAGAUGAUAAGACCCUUGGACGGAGGCAAGGAUGAUAGCAACCGUUACGUCAGAGUGAACUGUUCCUCCAGAUUCCAAUGUGCAUUUAAAUAUGUACCAAGUUCAAAAAUAGCACUGACGUUUACAGUCCUGAUUCUUGUAAUCUAUCUUCCACUGUUCGUGUGGACUCUUUUCCUUGGCUGGAUCUCACUCAGCCUCCAGACACUGCCGAGGGGGCUUCUUAAGGAGUCCAUGCAAUGCACAGUUCCUUCUCACAUUCUCUUUCAUUUCGUGGUGAAAACACACACUUUCUGGUGUUCAGAAGAGAUGCCUCUUCACCAAAUUUGGUGAUUGUUCUGCAACAGCAAGGGCAGUUUUAAAGGCUGUUAUAUAACCUGUCGUUUUCCCCAAGGCUCCUUAUUUUAGCACUUGCCCUCCCGGCCCGGCCCACUCAUUCUCUGUGCUAACUGGAUCCCGACUCAGGCACUUUCCUUUCCUUUCCCGUCCGGGGGCUGGGUGAUCGGGUGGGAAUCUUGGUAGCUGGAAGGGAGGAUCCCUACCGUCCAUUCUUGGCUCCCCUGACAACUUUCCUGCAACCUCAGGACAGCAGUUUUCUGCCUCAUCUUUUCUUCCCCUGGAAAACCCAGCUCCUUCCCAUGAUGGCUGGACUGAGACUCCAGAACGGCCAGACAGGCUUAUGUUUGGCCUCUUCCAACCCAAAAGCCUGUAGAUUUUUGUUCAAUGGGAAUUUAGAGAAGAGGCUGAACCCAAGGUGUUGGGAAAGAAGAGGGAGGGGCAUGAGGAACCACCCUUGGUCCCCCUGCUUCCCCAAGCUCUCAUGUUCACUGGGCCAGCAAAUGAGCAGGGUCUGCAAGGAACCAGACCCUUUCAGGGUAGCUGUUGUUACUUGAACCUGCCUGCUGACCAUUGUGCACGCGUGGUUUUCCGAGGCACACAGUAGGCUCACUAAGAAAGCCCUGCCGCGGCCAUUUUCCCCAGCUCUUUUAUUUCCUCUUUUGAGUGCCCGUUAUGGGCCGUGUCACACAACCCGCUUUCUGGUCCCCUGUUAACCCACCAUCUGGCUCUAGUCUCACCACCUCAAAGAGCCACUGGGAGGUCUGGAGUCAGAUGACGUCCAAGUGUUCCAAUAAGUUAACAGCCUUAUACAUAUGCAACACAUUUUUCUUUUAAAUUCUAGUAAAAUGGAUAUAAAGCAAUGCCCUUUUAUAGUGUAAAUUUAGGCUUAAAAAUCAUCUAUAUUUCUGUCUUAUUUAACUUCUAUAGAUUAUUUUCAUUACACUCUGAAGUUUGAUGUUAAGUAUGCUCAUUUUUUUUCAGUUCAAAAGUGGUUGUUUUUAAGUUUAAAUAUGAAAACGAAAGAUCUCUCACUCAGACUGUCCAAAAUACUCUAAGCUAAACUUGAAACUGAACAUUGACAUUUUCUAUGUAGAAAAACAGCUUUAUUUGGAAAUGUUCAUGUGCCGAGAAACUAAACUGUAUAACAGAAGCUGAUAUGCAGUAGGAUAUACAGUAUUUCAAUAACUGGUCAGACUUUUUUAUGUCUUCUCUUUAAAGUUUCUCCUAAUUAAAUUAGGCAAAUUUUUUUUCAUAUUAUUUUAAUGUGUUCUUGUUUUUCUUUUUCAGGAACAGUAUGAAUUCUGCUACAAAGUGGUACAAGAUUUUAUUGAUAUAUUUUCUGAUUAUGCUAAUUUCAAAUGAAAAAUCCUGCCUUAAAAUAUUUUUUAAUUUAAUGGUCAGUAUAUUUUGUAAAAAUCAUGUUAAUUUAUUUCAUAGUUGACAUUAAUAUCCUCCUAAUUUCUUUGUAUAUAUUUUGUUAUGCUUAAAGGCCACCUGCUGUAAAGUUAUUAAAUCUUAAAUACCCCUUUUAAAAACUGGAAUAAUGUAUUAAGGUCAAAUAAUAUUCCAUAAAAUAUAUAUUUCUGCUAA